AUGACAACAGAAACAGAAAGAGGUCGACAAAGGUCUUGUGUUGGUCAACCCACUCGAAUUCCUCGUUCUGUUCACCUCAUUCAAUCAUCCAAGUCUUGCACUCGUAGAAUUGUACAGGAAUCCAGCCAUACCAUCACAUCAGCCAAUGUCUGUCCUCAACAACCGACCAUCAAUUCAUCACCCUUGUCUUUAAACACUUUGGAAUCCUCAAACUCAUUCAGUAGCAGCAAGUCUUCCAUUAACCGCAACUCUUUAUUCUCCACUACAAACUGUUAUAAAAAAUGUAGAGCAGACUCUUGUGUGUGUAAAGACCAGCCGUCAUCUGCUUGCUGUCCUCGAUUGCUUGACUAUCACAAACUUGAAUCUUCAACUGCGUUGGUUGACACCUGCCAAAUUGACAGUCUGGAUGCCGUAAAUAAAUAUAUAAAACUCAACGAUAGUGUUCAAUCUGCUACAGCUGAUUCAUCUCCACGUGACACAGAUAUGCUGCAUAAAUCUCCUCUUCCAAAGAGUAAUCCUGCACAGUCUAAACCUCAUAGUCAUCACAGUUACACUUAUCGGAAUUUGAGUGUUGCUACUGCUCGUACUGACAGACCAGAAACUGAUCAUCUGUGCACUUUUACUGUGGAGAUGGAAGAUGCUGCCAUGAAUAAAAUAAAACGGUCUGGCAGUCAGACUAAUGUUCGUCGAAGUAUCUUUUUUCAAGGACCCGACAGUCAUGGUGUUGACGAAGACGACGAACAGUUUGUAUAUAAAGGGAUUCCUGGUCCCAACUCUUGUGGUCAUUCUCGCACCAUUUCACAAUUCAAUCGUAUCAAAACCAAACAUCUUGCUGAAUGGGAUUCAAUUCCAUCUUCCCACUCUGCUGUACAUACUCAUGGCUCAUCUCAUCCAUCUCACUGUCCCGAUCUACGAGAAAAAUCUUCUGCUAUGCCAUCUUCGCUUACUCAAUUACGUGCUUUGGGAUACCAUCAUCCCAAAGUAUCCCGAUCUAGUGUAGGGGAUUCUUUCCCAUCCACCGAUCCUUUGCUUACUUUGACUCCUUCCAGUGAUACAACAUUGGUUUCGGAUUUCGAUGAGCAAACCCCUCUGUUCAAUUACUAUCAGCACUACCAACUCUCCAGAAUCGCAACAGCUCAACAACUAGAGAAACUAGAUAGGCAUAAAACAAAUGCGAAAACGAACUUGAUUUUCAGUAUAUUGAUUUCCAUAUUUAUUGCCACUUCAAUCCUUGCGUUUUGUAUUCAGCCAUUGGUGAUUCCGCAAGCUCGUCGCAUUCAAAACAUUGUCGCUAAGCCUGAUUUGUUUCAGUUUGAUAUGCUUAUAUCUGCAUCCAAUUUCAAUAUCGUUCCUAUUGAUGUGUUCAAGGUCGAUUUGGACGUGUAUGCUUCUGCUAACUUUGAACUGUUUCUCCCUACACUAGAGGAUGGUGUAAAACCUGCCGCAAACUCUGCUGAAUUGGCCCCAGAACUAUUGGGCCAUGUUCGGCGUUUCAACAAUGCAAUAACAUUUGCUCCAGUUUACGACUCUGAAAACCUUGUGGCUACUAUUACUCUCGUUGAUCCUAGCAGCACUGCGGGAAAAAUUAUAUACCUUAACCUGCCCUACGCAUUGACAAUCAAGGGCAGUUUGCAUUACUCUACACUAUGGUCACUUACUCAUUACAAAAUCCCCGUUUGUUAUAUUCAUCGUAUUGAAAAUGGUGUCGUGGCACAUACAAGCUCAUGCCAUCUUUCGACACAGUAA